AAAAGUGUCAAAGUGUACUGUAAUGUUUUUAUUUGUGGUGUUACGUGAUUUUAAUCAGUCCGAUCAGUCGUAUUAAAAAUAUUAUUUUAUGUAAAUUCUUUGCAAAAAUUCGCGAUUUUGGUGACUGAAAACAGACUCAAAAUGUCCAAUUUCAAUGAGGCAGAAGGACCACCAGAGAGGCCCACUUUUUUGCACAGAAGAAAACUGGUACAAUGUGCUAAAGAAACACUGGGACAAGCCUCAGAACUGCUAAAAAAACGUAUCCCUUGCGCAGGCCACUUCUUAGCCCCAAAAAGUCUUUGGCUGAAAAGGGUCUCUACACCGAAUUGCGACGUCGUCAUAUGCUUCCCACCAAACACAAAUGAACAGUUUUUAUUGUGGCUCUUAAACCGACUGAAACAAUCCAGCGGACUUAUAUUAAGUGUUCAUCAUCACGCAUCUACCCAUACUUCCGCUUUCUACGUUACAGCACCUGUGCAGCUGCUUAAAAGGGCAGCAGAGGAUUACCACUUGACAAAACCUUUGAAACAGUUCAAGGGUGGAGGCUUGAAAGAGUUCUUCUUGCAAGAUUAUGAAUUUUACGAGGGAGCGGAGGAUGAACAGACAUUUUUCACUUCUGAGGAGAGGCAGUGGCUUGUCGUACGGCUGUUGGAAAGUGUUAGGGCUAGGAGAGAGGAUAUAAGUGCCAUACCUGGUGUUACCUUACUUGAGGGCCAGCCAAUAGUUCCAAAAUGCAUUACAAGUGGAAUCAUAAGUCAAGUGUUUCCUAUACAUGAACCACAAGUUUUGGAACGUUUGCAGCAAAUUUGGGUGCAGGACAUUUUUGCCAGACAACCUUUAGAUGAAAUUACUGAAUAUUUUGGCGUUAAGAUUGGAAUGUACUUUGCUUGGCUGGGCCAUUAUACUACUGCCCUUAGUAUCCCUGCUGUGGUUGGAUUUGUUUUUUGGCUCACUUGCACAAGUAAACACCAAACAAUCCAAGACGUAGGCUAUGUCUUGUUCUCAAUUUUUAACGUUGUCUGGGUAACCACGUACCUGCAAGCAUGGAAACGCUACUCUGCAGAAUUGGCUUUCAGGUGGGGCACAUUGGAUCAGCGUGAUGAUUUAUUAGCUGAGCCCAGACCUCUUUUCAGGCUACCACGGCAUGUUUUAAUUUGUUAUCAGGGUCCGUUGAAGGCGAGUCCGGUCACCGGCAGAUUGGAACCGUAUCAGCCCGUUUGGAAAAGGCAUUUUUUCCGGUAUUGCGUGUCUGUGCCGAUUAUUGCCUUCGCCUUAAUCACGGUGUUUCUUGUGAUGAUUGUUUCUUUGCAGAUUCAGGUAUAUUGGGAUGCCUUCUUAACCAAUAGAGGCCUUCCCCUAUGGCUCGGAUAUAUACCGAAAGUGAUGCUGGCUGUGGUAAUUUCCCUGAUGGACGAGGCUUACUUUAAAAUCGCCAUUUGGUUAAACGAUAAAGAGAACUAUCGGCUCGAAACCAAAUACGAAAACCACCUAAUUGGAAAAGUCGCCCUGUUUCAAUUUGUCAACUCUUUCCUGUCUCUCUUCUACAUCGCCUUUUACUUGCAAGACCAGGCCAGAUUAAAAGAGCAAUUAGCAGCCUUGUUAAUAUCCAGACAAGUCAUAGGGAAUCUAAAGGAGUCUGCCCUGCCGUACGUGCUCGAGCAUUUACGGCUGGCCAAGAUGAGUUUCGAAAUGUGGGGCGCACUGAGCCCCGGCUGCCCGAAGCCGCCUCCGGGAGAAGAAAUGAAUGCACAGAAAGGAGCAGAGGAGGUAAAUCCACAGCAGUACGUGCCUAAGAGGAGUAUGAGCCAAGCGGAAUUGGAAAGUUCUCUGUAUAAGUACGAUGGUACGUUCGCCGACUACCUCGAGAUGACCAUCCAACUCGGCUACGUAAUUCUGUUUUCGUCCGCAUUUCCGGCGGCGGCGCUCUGCGCCAUGUUGAACAACCUCAUCGAGAUUCGCAGCGACGCGUUUAAACUCGCUUACGUAUGCCAGCGGCCUUUCGGACAACGAGUGCCCAAUAUUGGCACCUGGCAGAACUGUAUGGAGUAUAUGAGCAUAAUGGCUGUCCUAGUAAACUGCGCCCUUAUCGGUUUGUCGGGUCAAGUGCAUCGGAUGUUCCCUGAUAUGACUGCAACACAAACGAUUUUAUUGAUUGUCGCUUUGGAACACAUAAUGUUGGUAAUCCGAUUCAUAAUCACCUGCGCUAUCCCCGACAUCCCCGGAUGGUUGGCCACCGAAAUGGCAAAAAUCGAAUGGGCGCGAAGAAACGCGAGUCGCGUGGCCUACACGAACACCCCGACACCCGAGGAGACGCUCCACCGUACAGUCGGAAGAUUUUCAGUUUCUCCCAGUCACAGUUCAACCCAGAAAUCGGAAGAGGCGAAACUGAACGUACCCGCCUCGGUUCAAAUCAAACCGAUUUCUUCAUUGAGUAGCUCGCCGACCCCCACCCCUACUACUCCGAAUAACUCGUACAGUUCCACCACUUCCAAAGUGUCUUUGGGGAUAACGGCCGAUAGUAUUCCGGUUAUACCGCCGUUUAGGCCUAGGAAACCUAAAGAACAAACGGAGGUGAAGAAACUCUCUGAAGAAAAACUGAGAAGCACUGAUAGCGAACCACUUAAAUCAGGUUUACACACCGAACUAGGAUUAAGUGCCGGUUCGUCCCUGAAUGUUAACAGUCCUGUCGGCCGGAAUGCCUUGGGAAUCACCGCCGAUAGUAUUCAACAAAUUCCGCCUUUUACGCCCAGAAAGAAGUCAAACGAAUGGGCUGCCACUGACACUAUGGGUGACAGUAGCCAUCAUUUGACCAUCGGGCCAAGCGGCGGAGUCGAGUGGGCCAAACGGCUCAAAGAAGAUAACGACAUUCACCGCAGCACCGAUUGUAUCACUCCUAAGGUACUGACUAGAAUUAAGGAUUCACCAAGCAAGGACGCUUCCAGUUCGGACUCCGAGUUGCACCGUACGAGCCCCCUUUGGCCUCCCCGACCCCGCUCGCCCGACCAAUCGGAUCGACCUCGAAUCCGACCGCCAAUCAUCCCAGUCGAUCCGUCGCUAAGCGACAGCGCACGCAGCAUUUCCAGUCAAGAGGCGGACGAUGCCGCUAAAGCCGCAGAAGAGUUGGCGGCCAAGAAGACGCGAGUAAAACAGAGUCUGAUGAAACGAGCGCGAUCCGUAGCCAUUUUCUCCCUUAAAUUGAAGGAGCGGAGGGCGAGGGAGGCGCAGGAAAAGGCGGCGGGGAAGGCGCCAGUAACACCUUCUACACCGUUGCCGCCCCCACAGUGCGGAGGCGGCGAACUCUCUUGUAUCCCGAUCGAAAAGCUGAUUCAGCUGGAAGAUAUCAGAAAGAACGUGCAGUCUCAACCAAAGUAGUUCUGUGUGUUUUAGCGCCAUCUAGUGCUUGCUAAAGUACAAAUAAAAAACCGAAACCAUCCAUCUUCAUUUUUCUUUUAUAACUGGCUUUUAUACUGUAACUGUAAUCUCUAUUAGUGCUAUUUCCUCAUUAUGUCACUAACCGUACCAUAUUAUUGUUGAGUAUAAUAAUAGCGUUAUAAUAAUAAUGUUGAUAGUUGCGUAAGGUUGUUUUAAAUUAUUUUUUUAUAUAAAAGCGCUUUUUAAAAGGUAACAAUUGUACAAAAUUAGGUCGAAUUUAGUAGUCUCAUGUGGGGUGAGGACUGGAAAUUUUCGUUGUCACAUUUAUGAUUUAGUUGGGACUAAACGCGGUCAAUUAAACUGUAUUUACCAUCGAAAGUCGCUCUAGUAAAUAUAGGCCUUUGUUGUUAAAAUUGUGGCUACUGUGAAAAUAUAAUAAUAAUAAUAAUGUCGCAUAAAUAAGUGUUACGCUUGUUGAUAUGUUGUAUUUAUAAAUAAAUAAAAAUAUUCGAAAA